AUGCUCGACCAGGAUCUGCUUCUACAAGGCCUAGAAGAUCAGCCCUGGUUCGAGAAGAACAUUCCCUUGCUAGAGAUCCCUGAUAUGGCUAUCCAAGAAGUAUACUACUACCGCUGUGAAUUCUUGAACCCCGUCAGCUAUGGCGCCCCGUAUGGUGGUAUCGUGGCUGCUGCAGGUCAUCAUAUCACUAAAGGCCGGUGGAUACGUGAUACGAGAUAUGGCCAGGAUAUCUCAAAGUAUUGGCUCGCUGGACCAGGCCAGUUCCCAAAGCCAAUGAGAGACGAUAUCAACAAAGAUACCUCCGACUGGGCGCACGAGUACAGCUUCUGGGCCGCUACUGCGUUUUGGAGACAAUACUUGGUUACAGGAGAUAAAGACUUUGUUAUUGGACAGCUUGCAAAUCUGGUGAAGCAGUAUCGAGGCUGGGAUAACCAUUACUCCAGCCCACUGGGCUUGUACUGGCAGGUCCCUGUCUGGGAUGCUACAGAAUACACAGCCGCUUCUUAUGAGUCUAGUGAUCCCUAUCAUGGGGGUGCUGGUUUUCGGCCAACGAUUAAUUCCUAUCAGUACGGGGAUGCCAUUGCGAUAGCAAAUAUUGCUGCUUUGGGUGGAGACUCUGAUCUCGAAAAUGAAUAUCGACGCCGGGCAGAAAGUCUGCAAGCUGCGGUACAAAAGCACCUUUGGGAUAAUGAGAGCGACUUCUAUAAGCACCAAGCUCGUGACGACAACCCCUCCGGCUCCUUGUUGGGUACAAGAGAGAUUAUGGGUUAUCUUCCAUGGAUGUUCGACAUGCCGUGUAAGGAGUCCCAACUCGCCGCCUUUUCGCAGCUCAAAGGCUCCCAAGGAUUCUUCUCCAAGUUUGGUCCAACUACGGCUGAGCGAAGAAGCAAGUGGUUCAUGUAUGAGGCAGAGACCUGCUGCCGAUGGGAUGGUCCUUCAUGGCCAUUUGCAACCUCGCAGACUCUAACUGCCAUUGAAAAUGUUCUCCACGAUUGUCCAGCGCAGAAAUACAUCACUGCCGAUGACUACUACGACAUGCUGCAUCAAUACGCUCGGACACAAUACAAAAAUAGGCAACCCUACGUGGCUGAAGCUCAUCAUCCUGAUGAUGAUAAAUGGAUGUAUGAUGGCUACAAUCACAGCGAAGAUUAUAAUCACUCGACCUUUGUCGAUAAUGUGUUGGCUGGCCUGAUAGGGCUGCGAGCCCAGUCUGGUGAAACAAUAGUUGUCAAUCCCUUGACUCCUUCAAACUGGGACUACUUUGCCGUUGAGAACAUAGCCUACCACGGCCAUCUUAUCACUGUCCUGUGGGACAGGACAGGCUCAAUCUACCACCGAGGCCAAGGCUUACGAGUUUACGUUGAUGGUCAGCUUGCUGGGAGUCGCGAAACAAUAGGUCUUACGAAAGUCGAGGUCGGUCCAUCUGUCCCGACACCAGUUUCCUCCAGAAUAAACAUCGCAGCAAAUAGUCAGCGAGAUCCUCGACUUCCCCUCGCUUUUGCUUCAUAUACUUCCCCAGUCGAUGAUCCCAUGCGAGCCAUCAACGGAAUGAUCCUCCGAACAGGCAUACCGCAAAACAGCCGCUGGACUUCGUAUAAUAGUCCAAAUCCAGAAGACCAUCUUGGAGUCGACUUGCGUAAAGAUCAAGCUGUCGAUAAUAUGCGAUUAUUCUUCUACGAUGACUCUGACGGUGUCCGGAUUCCUACCAAUUACGAUCUUCAGUACUGGACAGGCAAUGCGUGGUUAUCAGUGCCUAGACAGACUCGCAGUCCAAUGCCGACCAACUCAAAUGCUGAGACCAAGAUUGUCUUCCCUUCUCUAUUGACUUCUCGACUUCGUGUUGAGGCACCCAAUGCUGGGUCUGGUGUUGGAUGGGGGUUAUCUGAAUUAGGUAUUUGGUCGUCUAGUGAAUAA